AUGUUAUAUAUAAGUAAACUCGCAAAUCUUUGGUCAGAACUAAAAAUUGUGCAUGGAAAACCAAGGCACAACCAAAGUCAGGGUUCUGUUGAACGUGCUAACCAAGACAUUGAAAAUAUGAUAAGUUCUUGGUUAAAGGACAACAAUUCGACGAAGUGGUCGGAAGGAUUAAGGUAUGUCCAAUUCAUGAAAAAUCGAGCUUACCACUCUGGCAUAAAACAAUCACCUUACAAAGCAUUAUUCGGAAUCGAACCUAGAGUAGGACUUUCCACUUCCUCGUUGCCUCAAGAAAUCGUUAAUAUUCAGGAUGAAGAUGAGCUAAAGAAAGCAAUCGAAGAUGACAGCAAUACUGAACAGUACGAAGACAGUGAUGAUGAUAACAUUAUGAAAAUGGACACAAACGACAUUCAAAUUGCUAGAAAAAUUGCGACAGAAAAACCCAUCCACCAGCUAAUAUUGGAGACAACGUAA